AUGGCAGAGGCUGGGGUCUCGACACAGGGGAGGGGGGCAACGACAACCCAACAACUUGCAGUGAGGUGCGGCUCGAGCCAUUGGAACCUGCUGCUUCACAAUCCAGAGACAUCUACACCUCAUCUUCCGGGAAUGCGCCCUGUCCUUCAAAAUGUCUCGAGACCAACAAGAGGAGGCAGGAUUCGACCGACGGGUCCGAGCUUUGUCGAAGCUUCCAUCGUUCCCGGCAUUCAACCCGAUCAUCAUUAUCUUCAACAGCAUCUCGCGUCCGACACUUGCACCAUGUCAACUUGCUGGCAGAACUGUAGCGCUCAAGUCCGAGCCUGUUCUUGGAAGGGGGAUUCUACGGUAUUCUUGCGACUUGGUAGUUUAUCCAACACGGCUCCUUCACUCUUUGGUCCAGUUUGA